AUGGAGUACGCAAAUCUCGGAAACUCUGGCCUAAAGGUGUCCAAGAUUAUCCUUGGGUGCAUGUCGUAUGGCACACCCGAGUGGCAGGACUGGGUGCUGAAUGAAGAAGAAUCGCUGCCCCUCCUGGAAUACGCCUACCAGAAAGGCAUCAACACCUGGGACACGGCUGAUGUGUACAGCAUGGGCAAGUCGGAAGAGAUUGUUGGCAAAGCGCUGAAGAAGUACAACAUUCCCCGCAACCGUGUGGUGAUUCUGUCCAAGUGCUACUUUGGCGUGUCCGAUGACGGUUCGUUCCCUCCCAUCGCGCAGAUGACGUCGAACGAUGGCCCGAUGGUGAACCGUGUGGGCCUCUCGCGAAAGCACAUCUUUGACGCCGUCGAGGCCAGUGUCGAACGCCUUGGAACGUACAUCGACGUGCUCCAAAUCCACCGUCUCGAUCGCGAAACUCCCAAAGAAGAAAUUAUGCGCGCAUUGAACGACGUAAUUGAGAAAGGCUGGGUCCGCUACAUUGGAGCCAGUUCGAUGGCUGCAUGGGAGUUCCAGCAGCUGCAAAACAUUGCCGAUAAACAUGGAUGGCACAAGUUUAUUUCGAUGCAGAACUACUACAACCUGCUGUACCGCGAAGAAGAGCGCGAAAUGAUCCCCUACUGUCAGGCCACUGGCGUUGGCCUCGUGCCGUGGUCGCCGGUGGCGCGCGGCGUAUUGACGCGUGCGUGGUCCGAGCGUUCCACGACGCGCGAGCAGUCGGAUGCCAUGCUGAAAAACAUGAUCCGUUCGCGCGAGUCGGAAGUCGACAAGCAGAUUGUCAACCGUGUCGAGGAGGUGGCUGCGAAGAAAGGCGUCCCUAUGGCCCAAGUGGCCAUUGCCUGGAGUCUAUCCAAGCAGGGCGUCUACCCUAUCAUGGGCCUGAGCAAGAAAGAGCGCAUUGACCAGGCCAUCGACGCUGUCAAGGUCAAGCUUUCUGACGAAGAGAUUGCGUACCUCGAGGCGCCCUACCAGCCCAAGGUCGUCCAAGGCUAUUAG